AUGUCAGCUCUAUUUGCAAUCGGAUCAAACGGCUCUGGUCAACUAGGAAUCGGACACAUGGAAGAUGUUUCCGUACCAAAACAAGUUCUCUUCAAAGCUGGCGAUCCUAAUUCCAUUACUCAAGUGAGAGCAGGAGGAAAUCACACAUUGCUACUCGCCUCAAAAGAGUUAUACUACUCAGGGGAUGUCACUAGUGGUGCAUGUGGACUCAUCUCCGAAUCAGAAACUCCAGACUCCCAAUUUCGGAAAAUCCGACUGAGCUCAGAGGAAUCUUCGGCUCUCCACCAACCCAUUACGACUUUAUGUGCUGCUACAUGGGAAGCUUCUAUCAUUGUUCAACAAGACGAGAAGGGACGUGCUACCAAAGUCUACAGUUUUGGAAUAGGCAAUAAAGGCGAGCUGGGGCAGGGAGAGCUGCUCUUUCGCUCUCCAAAGGCUCAGCUCUUCAACAACUUUCCUCCUGCUGGGCUUGAGGUGGUAGAUUUGGCGGCUUCCGUUAGCCAUGUACUUGCUGUUUUGGACAAUGGUGAUGUGUAUGGAUGGGGAAGCGGUAGGAAGGGUCAGUUAGGCCAACCUGAAGGAAUCAUACAUCAACCACGAAAGAUUGAAGGUAUCGACUUCAAGGUUGUUCGGGCUGUUUGUGGACGAGAGUUUACGUAUCUGUUGGGUGAAGCUUCCACUGGGAAACAUCUUGUCUUGGGAUCCGACAAAGGGACUAUCAAAUCCGCCGCACCAAAAUCCGCGCCUGGAUGGAAAGAUGUUGGUGCAAGUUGGGGAAGCAUCUUUGUUCUAUUGGAAACCGGAGAACUACUAUCUUGGGGUCGAGAUGAUCAUGGCCAACUUGCACCACCCAAUCUACCUUCAAUAUCGGAAAUCGCCAUAGGCAGUGAACAUGGUAUAGCCCUUUCUGUAGAUGGAAAUGCGUUAGCAUGGGGAUGGGGCGAACACGGAAAUUGCGGACCAAACACCACGAGUGGAGACGUUAAAGGCAGGUGGAAUGUUGUGGCAUCCAAUAAAUAUUUACCGCCAGGAAGUAAUAUUUCCAGUAUAGGAGCAGGGUAUGCUACGAGCUGGGUUUGUAUCAAUAGCUAA